CUGACGUGUACGGCUGAGAUUCAAAAUCACCGAUCUCUACUCUCCUUCUCAGAUAUAAAUUUGACUAUCCCUUCCUUCCUCGUCUGUCUCUUUGUUUUUCUUCCGGUGUUAUCAUCCUCCUUUCGAGCUCGAUCGGCUGCCAUUCCUAGCUACGCUUUCAUCUAACGAAACGGGAUUCCACGUCUUGAAACACCUAUUAUCCGAUCCUCGACAUCAAAUCCUCCAGAACGAUCCCGAUCUUGUUUAAAUCCGCGAUCUCUUACCACCAGAUCGCCUCUAAGAUCUCUCAGAUCGACUAAGAAAACCCUACUUUAACAGCGUUCAUCAGAUCUUGCUGAAGCCAGCUUUUUUUAACUGUCAGAUCCCCUAUACAAUUGCUCAGAUCUGAGAGGAAAACCACUUUAACGGCUGAGAUCUGAUAUUCUGAAGAUCCCUGCCAUAGAUCGCUUGAUUCUGUAGCAUUUCUACCCAUAAAUCGCGGCCGUCGAACUUAUGCGCAUCGCUGGAUCGAAUCGCUGCUUCUUGAACCCUACUGAGGAGAAAACCCUAGCUCGAAUGGCAAAAGACGGACCUGCCCCCCUCGACAUUGAAGAGGGAGAGAUCUCCGAAGGCUCGGUCGAGGAGAUCUCCGCUGAGGAUUUUAAGCAGGAAUCUACGAUUGUCCAAGAAAUCUCCGAAGAGGAUUUUAAACAGGAAUCUAGGGUUUCGAAACCGAGGGCAGAUUCUAGGGCUUGGUAUAAUUAUCCAAGUAAUUAUCCUCAAUCAGGCCUUUACAAUCUUGCCUGGAUGAGCGCUGUGCAGAACAAGCCUUUGAAUGAGAUCCUGACGAGGGGCUUUGGACCCGGUGAGGUGAGAUCGAUGAGAUCGGCACCGUCAAAUCUGGUACCAAAUUCAGAGAAGGAGCCCCUUAGCGUGGUGAUUGAUGUCACUGGCGAUGAUGAGGACAUGGGAGAGAAGGAGGAAGGGGAAUUGGAGGAGGGAGAGAUUGAUUUGGAAUCGGAUGUUGAGGUUAAGAAAUUGGAAGAAGGAAAUCCACCUCAUAAUUCUAAUAUAAGUAAUAAUUCUGAGAAGGAAUUGAUAGAGAUGGAAUUCUUGAAGCGUAUUAACUCAAUUUCGGAAGAUUUAAAGACUGUAACUACGAAAGAAGCAGAGAACUCUUUUCAUGGUGCAUGUUCCCAAAUUCGGACCAUCUUGGAAAGCUUGCAGUUAAUCAUUUCCGAGAACCAUAUUCCAGCGUUAGAUGCUGUUGUUGGACAGACAUUUACUAGAAUUCAAGCUGUUCAUUCAGUGUUUCACUCAGCAAGCUUGAAGCAACAGGAACAGUAUAAGGAAGAUUUAUCAAGGUUGUUUGUGCUGAUAAAGAAACAAGAUCCUGCUCUUUUUCUGCCUGAGCAGAUAAGAGAGAUAGAGUCCAUGAUGCAGUCCCUGGUUUUGGAUUCUGGGCCUUCGGGUACUGUUGAUAAAGAGAAAGAGAUUCAUACCUUGAAUGAUGGUAAUUUGAAUGGUCCAGGUAUUUUAUCAGAAAAUUCUGGUGAUGAUGGUUUGACUUCAUCAAAAAAACUUCCUUUGGAGCCGAUAUCAGUUAUUUCAAUCAGUGGCAGUAAUGCAAAAAAUGGUCCAGAUGCUAUGAAACCUGAACUGCCCUUCAGCUCUAGAGGUAGAGUAGAUUUUGGUCUCUUGAUCAAUCCUCAUGUAGACUAUGAUGAAGGUAGCCUUCCUUCACCCACCCGUGAAAACCCACCGCCAUUGCCUAAACAGAAACCGCAAGGUGUUGUAGAUGUAAUGACCCGUUCAACAACUGCCAGGCAAGAGGAAACUGAAGAUGGUGCAUUGCAUCCCUAUGUGACAGAUGCCCUGAAAGCUGUUUCCAGCUAUCAACAGAAAUUUGGCCGGACAUCUUUUCUGAGUAACCGGCUCCCUAGCCCAACUCCUUCAGAAGAAUGUGACAAUGAUGAUGGUGAUUCUCAUGGCGAAGUCUCUAGUUCAUCUGCUGUUGGUAAUUCUAGAACUGCAAGUUCAUCCAUACCAUUUCAGGUCCCGGUAUCUACUAGUGCCCUUAUGAGUGGCUUGAGUGGACAAGGACUGGUUCCUGUCAAAACAGUUACUCAGCUGGGUAGUUCUUCUGCAGCUGGAAAUGCUAGAACUGUCAAUCCAUCUAUUCCAGUCCAACCCCUUGUAUCUACUGGUGCCCAUAUCAAUGGCUCGAGUGGACAAGGACCAGUUCCUGGUAGAACAGUUGCUCAGUUGGGUCCUGUAUCGGAACCCAUUUUAAAAGCUCCAAUAAAGAGUCGAGAUCCUAGGCUUAGGUAUGCGAACUCAGAUGCGAGUGCUUUUGAUCUUAACAGACGGCCACUCUUUAUUGAGAAUAAUGCACCUAGAAAUGAACUUCUUGGAGGGGUGAUAAGUUCAAGGAAGCAUAAGGUUGUUGAAGAGUCUGCGCCUGAUGGUCAAACCUUAAAAAGGCAAAGAAAUGGUUUAACAGAAUCUGGAGUUCCUAGAGAUGUGGGGAUGGCAUCUGGAAGGGGAGGCAGGUUGGAGGAGAGCAGUAUCCUUGGUACUCAGCCUAGCAAUAAGGAACGAUUGACAGACAAUAUGGAACUUGAUGUAAGAAAAUCAGAAAAUGGAGAAGUUUCUAACAAACAACAACAUACUAAUGCUAAUUUCAAUGGAACAAAUGUUGGAAGCCAGCAGCUGUCAGUGACAAGUACUGGUCCUGCUGUUUCUUUGCCUCCUUUGUUGAAGGACAUUAAUGUGAACCCUGCGAUGCUUAUGCAUCUGAUUAAGAUGGAAAAAGAGAGAUUAGCAGCGGAGGCUCGGCAAAAGUCCACUGAUUUGGGUCAGCCUGCCAUGCAAACUUCAAGCUCAAACCUAUUACCUGGGUCGGUUUCAUCAGGAAAUGCUACUUGUUUGAAGCCCUCAGAAGCUGAUCAAAGACAUGCAGGGAAACCUCACAAUCCGUCCCAAACAGCUUCAAUGAGUGAAGGGGGAAAAGUCCGCAUGAAACCUCGUGAUCCUCGCCGUAUUCUCCACAACAACAUGGUUCAUAAGAAUGAGAGCUUGGGAUCUGAUCAGUCCAAAACAAAUGGACCUCUUCCAUCAAACAUUCAGGGUAGAGAGGACAAUUUAACAGUACGGGAGCAAGGCGAGCAUGCAGUCAUGAGCUCACUUUCAUCUGCUUCCCUGCCUGACAUUGCGCCGCAGUUCACCAAUAAGCUCAAGAAUAUUGCUGCUAUUUUGUCUAACUCCCAAAUGACGAAUAGUAGUCCAUCCCCAAUAGUUUCUCGGGUCGAUGCCCAACCAAUGCCGAGCAAGAUAGACAAGGUGGAUGUCAGGGUUCCCAUGGAUCCGAAUCAUCAGCAAAGUGCCACUGGUUUGAUCGAAGAGAGCUCGAUGGCCUCGUCCCAACCAUCGAACCCAUGGGGUGAUGUUGAACAUCUAUUCGAAGGGUAUGACGACCAUCAGAGAGCUGCUCUCCAAAAAGAGAGGGCGAGAAGGAUAGCCGAACAGAACACAAUGUUUGCUGCGGGGAAGCUCUGCCUUGUCUUGGAUCUGGACCACACACUCCUUAAUUCCGCCAAGUUUGUUGAAGUUGAUGCGGUGCAUGAAGAGAUACUGAGAAAGAAGGAAGAGCAAGAUCGUGAAAAGCAACAGAGGCAUCUGUUCCGAUUUCCCCAUAUGGGAAUGUGGACCAAAUUGAGGCCAGGAAUUUGGAACUUUCUUGAGAAGGCUAGUAAGCUUUAUGAGCUGCAUCUUUACACAAUGGGGAACAAGUUCUAUGCCACGGAGAUGGCGAAGGUGCUGGACCCCACAGGGGCUCUGUUUGCAGGACGGGUUCUCUCAAGGGGAGAUGAUGGUGAUCCAUUUGAUGGGGAUGAGAGGGUGCCCAAGAGCAAGGAUUUAGAUGGGGUUUUGGGUAUGGAAUCAGCUGUGGUGAUCAUAGAUGAUUCUGUAAGAGUCUGGCCGCAUAACAAACUAAACUUGAUCGUCGUGGAGAGAUAUACUUACUUUCCCUGUAGUAGACGCCAAUUCGGACUUCUGGGCCCUUCGCUGCUCGAAAUUGAUCACGAUGAGAGGCCGGAAGAUGGGACACUUGCGUCCUCCUUGGCGGUCAUUGAGAGAAUCCACUCAAACUUCUUCUCCCACCGGUCCUUAAAUGAGGUGGAUGUCAGAAAUAUCCUUGCUUCCGAACAGCGGAAGAUUCUAGCCGGUUGCAGAAUAGUCUUCAGUCGGGUUUUCCCAGUGGGAGAAGCUAACCCUCAUCUACACCCACUGUGGCAGACGGCCGAGCAAUUCGGUGCUGUCUGCACUACCCAGAUCGACGAUCAGGUCACUCAUGUAGUUGCUAAUUCUCUCGGAACCGAUAAGGUGAAUUGGGCUUUGUCCACAGGAAGAUUCGUUGUUCAUCCUGGCUGGGUGGAAGCAUCGGCUCUUUUGUAUCGGCGGGCCAACGAGCGGGACUUUGCUGUUAAAAUAUAAAUCCGAACCUCAGGGGCCACCAGGAAACCACUUGGUCCCACGGUAACUAGCCCCAAUCAUCCAAAACAGCCUGGGUGGGUGUCGGGUCAGAAGAGUGAGCAACCGUGUCUGCCCGAUGUAGUUUUGAUCAUACCCUGCUCCAUUGGUUUGACUGCUGUUUUUCCAUUGCCAGUCAUUCCCAACCUAUCCCAGCAAUUUUCUGAAUUUCGACGAGUUGAAAUCCUGCCUCGGUUUGACACUUACCCCCAAAACUACUCGGAGUGAAUCUAAAACGAAAUUGAGAAAUGCUGAAGGGUGAUUUUGGAGGAAGAGGGAUUUAAGAGGUGGUUAUCAAGCUUGUGACAAUCUGUCCCAUGUGUGUGAGAUUUGGGGCCAGUCGCACCAUGUCCCCGCCUUGGACCAGGGAACGUGCAGGUAUAUGUGAGGCAUGGACUCUCGCCCUCCGCUGCUUUGUUGGGUUUUCUUCUACAGGUGUGGCCUACGGCCGAAGUUUUCCCAGCAGGCGUGACCUGAUAAAUGGCCCGGAUCUCCCACACAAAUGCUAAGCUGGCAUUUGCAAUGGACUACCUCUUGGAUCUCUGGUCCAUAUCCUCUUUGUGCAUCUCAACCAAAUUUGCAAGCCAGAGGGUUUUGAGGGAGUUGUAAUUUGGGAAGGAGAUGGUCCUGAGCGGAGGGGGGGAAUCUUGUGUUGAAGUCUCUCUCUACUACGAAAGAAGGCCUUAAAAAAUAUUAAAAGUUAAAACGAAAGUGUUUAUACAGCA